AUGGAAAACAAAACGACAGAGAUAGAUGGCAUCAAUCAGCUGCUUACCGGACAUCAAUCAGGACAGCAGAAUCAAAUAGAUGACGAUGUUUACAAGAAACCCUCUAUUGCUAGCGGCAUAUCGAAACCUCCCAGUUAUGAACGGACAAUGAGAACACAGCCGCCCCCGCCUAGCUACAAACAAUCUACAAGACUAUACUAUAAUAAUCAGCCGUACAUAAAAGAUAAUGAGUUUAUGUUUUGUACGCAUUGCCACUUUAACCGUUACAACUACUCUGACAUGGAAACGAAUACUCACUGUACUGCUAACACUAGCAACGGAGAUUUCUCUGAUGAUGAUUUGACUAUAGCAACUACUAAAAGAAUGAGAUCAUGCAUUUUUUCUUGGUACACGACAUUACGCGACGCAAAACUAGUUUUUUUCGCCUUUUUUGUCAUUUUUACAUUGGUAAUUUUGGGGCUAGUGAUCCCUUUCGUUAGAUAUCCUCAUAUAGCGGCGAAUAGUUAA